AUGUUUUCCUCUCCCGGUAUCAAGCCACGGGAGCAUGUGGACAUGAUGUACAUCUCCAUCGAGACAGCCAUCGCCCUGGCCUCUGUGCUGGGCAACGUGCUGGUGGUGCUGGUGGUUUGUGUAAACCGCGCCCUGAGGGACACCACGUUCUGCUUUAUCGUGUCUCUGGCGGUGGCCGAUAUUGCUGUGGGAGCCCUGGUCAUCCCCCUGGCUAUAGUGAUCAGUCUGGGGCUGAAGACUCAGUUCUACACCUGCCUCUUCCUCUCCUGUCUGCUCCUCAUCAUCACCCAAGGCUCCAUCCUGUCUCUAAUGGCCAUCGCCAUCGACCGCUACCUCCGGGUCAAGAUUCCCAUCAAGUGAGUCCACCGUAUAGCCACCAGUUGCAUGCUAUUUACUAAACAGUCUGAAAAACAACUGCCAAAUUCAUGACACAAAAAUGUACUGUAACUGCAUCAGAUUAAAUACACUCAUCUUGUCUGCAGCACCACCUGUAAUUAAAUUACAGUAUAUUAGGGGUUUAAAACUUUUAAUAGAGGAUUGUCCAUAAUGAGAUGGAUUUUGCUUGAGGGCAACAAAUUAAGUAUUUUACUGUAUUCCAAGUGAGGACCAUUUUCUGUUAAUUCUAAUUACACAUUGCCUUCAGAAAGUAUUCACGCCACUUGACUUCCACAUUUAGAAUUUAAAAUGGAUUAAAUUGAGAUUUUGUUUCACUGGCAUACACACAAUACCCCAUAAUGUGGAGUUAUGUUUUUCGAAAUUAAUAAAGAAUGAAAAGCUGAAAAGUCUUGAGUCAAUAAGUAUUCAACCCCUUUGUUAUAGCAAGCCUAAAUAAGUUCAGCAGUAAAAAUGUGCUUAACAAGUCACAUAAUGAGUGUGUGUGCAAUAAUAGUGUUUAACAUGAUCUUUGAAUGACUACCUCAUCUCUGUAUCCCACACACAAUUAUCUGUUAAGGUCCCUCAGUCGAGCAGUGAAUUUCAAACACAGAUUCAACCACAAAGACCAGGGAGGUUUUCCAAUGCCUCACAAAGAAGGGCACCUAUUGGUAUGUGGUUAAAAAUACAAAAAGCAGACAUUUAAUAUCCCUUUGAGCAUGGUGAAGUUAUUAAUUACACUUUGGAUGGUGUAUCAAUACACCUAGUGACUACAAAGAUACAGGCGUCCUUCCUAACUCAGUUGCUCAGGGAUUUCACCAUGAGGCCAAUGGUGACUUUAAAACAGUUACAGAGAACUGUGGAUGGAUCAACAACAUUGUAGUUACUCCACAAUACUAACCUAAAAGACAGAGUGAAAUGAAGGAAGCCCGUACAGAUGAAGGAAGCUUUUACAGAAUAAUAAAUAAAAAAAACAUGCAUUCUGUUUGCAAUAAGUAAAACUGUAAAAAUAUUGGCCAAAAAAUGAACUUUAUGUCCUGAACAUAAAGCGUUAUGUUUGGGGCAAAUCCAACACAACACAUCACUGAGUACCACUCUUCAUAUUUUCAAGCAUGGUGGUGGCUGCAUCAUGUUAUGGGUAUGCUUGUCAUCAGCAAGGACUAGGACGUUUUUUUUGGGAUAAAAAUAAACGGUACUAAGCACAGGCAAAAUCGUAGAAGAAAACCUGGUUCAGACACUCAGAGACAAAUUCACCUUUCAGCAAGACAAUAACCUAAAACACAAGGCCAAAUAUACACUGGAGUUGCUUACCAAGAUUACAUGUAAUGUUUCUGAGUGGCCUUGUUACAGUUUGGCUUGAAAAUCUAUGGGAAGUCUUGAAAAUGUCUGUCUAGCAAUGAUCAACAACCAACUUGACAGAGCUUGAAUAAUUUUUUUAAGAAUAAUGUGCAAAUAUUGUACAAUCCAGGUGUGCAAAGCUCUUAGAGACUUACCCAGAAAGACUCACAGAUGUGAUCGCUGCCAAAGGUGAUUCUAACAUGUAUUGAUUCAGGGGUGUGAUUACUUAUGUAAAUUACAUAUUUACUUUCUGAAGGCACAAAGUUUUGAGAAUGACACAAAUACUAAUUUUCACUAAGUCUGCUGCCUCAGUUUUGAUGAUGGCAAUUUGCAUAUACUUCAGAAUGUCAUGAAGAGUGAUCAGAUGAAUUGCAAUUAAUUGCAAAGUCCCUCUUUGCCAUGAAAAUGAACUUAAUCCCCCCCAAAACAUUUCCACUGCAUUUCAGCCCUGCCACAAAAGAACCAGCUGCUAUCAUGUCAGUGAUUCUCUCGUUAACACAGGUGAGAGUGUUGACGAGGACAAGGCUGGAGAUCACUCUGUCAUGCUGAUUGAGUUAGAAUAACAGACUGGAAGCUUUAAAAGGAGGGUGGUGCUUGAAAUCAUUGUUCUUCCUCUGUUAACCAUGGUUACCUUCAAGGAAACACGUGCCGUCAUCAUUGCUUUGCACAAAAAGGGCUUCACAGGCAAGGAUAUUGCUGCUAGUAAGAUUGCACCUAAAUCAACCAUUUAUCGGAUCAUCAAGAACUUCAAGGAGAGAGGUUCAAUUGUUGUGAAGAAGGCGUCAGGACGCCCAAGAAAGUCCAGCAAGCGCCAGGACCGUCUCCUAAAGUUGAUUCAGCUGCGGGAUCGGGGCACCACCAGUGCAGAGCUUGCUCAUGAAUGGCAGCAGGCAGGUGUGAGUGCAUCUGCACACACAGUGAGGCAAAGACUUUUGGAGGAUGGCCUGGUGUCAAGAAGGGCAGAAAAGAAGCCACUUCUCUCCAGGAAAAAAUCAGGGACAGACUGAUAUUCUGCAAAAGGUACAGGGAUUGGACUGCUGAGGACUGGGGUAAAGUCAUUUUCUCUGAUGAAUCCCCUCUCCGAUUGUUUGGGGCAUUCGGAAAACACCUUGUCCGGAGAAGACAAGGUGAGCGCUACCAUCAGUCCUGUGUCAUGCCAACAGUAAAGCAUCCUGAGACCAUUCAUGUGUGGGGUUGCUUCUCAGCCAAGGGAGUGGCUCACUCACAAUUUUGCCUAAGAACACAGCCAUGAAUAAAGAAUGGUACGAACAAAUCCUUCGAGAGCAACUUCUCCCAACCAUCCAAGAACAGUUUGGUGACGAACAAUGCCUUUUCCAGCAUGAUGGAGCACCUUGCCAUAAGGCAAAAGUGAUAACUAAGUGGCUCGGGGAACAAUAUUUGUGUCAUUUUCAAAACUUUUGACCACGAUUGUAUAUGUGGACUUUUUUUUUUUUAAAGCCUUGUUUAUAUUGAUGUGUGAGGGAUACCAAGGGAGUAUGCGGUAGCAAUGUACACUAUAUAUACAAAAGUAUGUGGACACGCUUCAAAUGAGUGGAUUCGGCUAUUUCAGCCACACCCGUUGCUGACUUGUUUAAAAUCGAGCACACAGCCAUGCAAUCUCCAUAGACAAACAUUGGACAGUAGAAUGGCCUUACUGAAGAGCUCAGUGCCUGUCAACGUGUCACCGUCAUAGGAAGCCACCUUUUCAACAAGUCAGUUCGUCAAAUUUCGGCUCUGCUAGAGCUGUCCCGGUCAACUGUAAGUGCUGUUAUUGUGAAGUGGAAACGUCUAAGAGCAACUCAGCCAUGAAGUGGUAGGCCACACAAGCUCACAGAAUGGGACGACCGAGUGCUGAAGCACAUAGCGCAUAAAAACCGUCUGUCCUCGUUGCAACACUCACUACUGACUUCCAAACUGCCUCUGGAAGCAACGUCAGCAGAACUGUUCAUUAGGAGCUUCAUGAAAUUGAUUUCCAUGGCCAAGCAGCCGCAGACAAGCCUAAGCUCACCAUGCGCAAUGCCAAGCGUCGGCUGGAGUGGUGUAAAGCUUGCCGCCAUUGGACUCUGGAGCAGUGGAAACGCGUUCUCUGGAGUGAUGAAUCACAUUUCACCCUCUGGCAGUCCGACGGAUGAAUCUGAGUUUGGCGGAUGCCAGCAGAACGCUAUCUACCCCAAUGCAUAGUGCCAACUGUAAAGUUUGGUGGAGGAGUAAUAAUGUUCUGGGGCUGUGUUUCAUGGUUCGGGCUAGGCCCUUAGUUCCAGUGAAGGGAAAUUUUAACGCUACAGCAUACAAUGACAUUCUAGACGAUUCUGUGCUUCCAACUUUGUGGCAACAGUUUGGGGAAGGCCCUUUCCUGUUUCAGCAUGACAAUGUCCCCGUGCACAAAGCGAGGUCCAUACAGAAAUGUUUUAACGAGAUCGGUGUGGAAGAACUUGACUGGCCUGCACAGAGCCCUGACCUCAACCCCAUCGAACACCUUUGGGAUGAAUUGGAACGCUGACUGCGAGCCAGGCCUAAUCACCCAACAUCAGUGCCCGACCUCACUAAUUAUCUUGUGGCUGAGUGGAAGCAAGUCCCUGCAGCAAUGUUCCAACAUCUAUUGGAAAGCCUUCCCAGAAGAGUGGAGGCUGUUAUAGCAGCAAAGUGGGACCAACUCCAUAUUAAUGCCCAUGAUUUUGGAAUGAGAUGUUCGACAAGCAGGUAUCCACAUACUUUUGGUCAUGUAGUGUAUCUGAGGAGAAUUUCUCUCAGACUGCUGGAAAGCCAUAUAUCACCGCUUAGUUGAAUAGAAAUCAAUGGGCCAGACAUUGAAAGCUUUUAAGUAUAUUAAAAUGUUCCUGUCCGUCCCAAGGAGUGAUUUUUAAGGCUGUUUCGUUAGGCAUUUUUGGCAGAGUUUUUGGUGAGUCUUAUUUAUUUUUAGUGUUAUGUGGACAGGGGACCAACCCACUGGGUACACACUAGUUGAAUCAACGUUGUUUCCAUGUCAUUUCAAUUAAAUUACGUUGAACCAAUGUGGAAUAGACGUUGAUUUGACGUCUGUGCCCAGUGGGAACUUACUAUUAAAGGGAACGGUUCUUUCAUUUUGCUGUGUGAUAUAAAAUGAUCAUACAUUUUGUUUAAAUUGUAUUGGUUUCAUAGUGCCACCUUUUAUUUUCUCACAUAAAAAAUCGGGAAAGGAAUGUAGACGCUUGCAUUUGCUUAGCUCUCAGUAUUUUGCAUUCUAAAAUCAAUACGUGCCAAAUAAAAAUCCAUAUCUUUGUCCUGAGGAAAUUUGGUGGCACUUUUUGAAUCACCUUCAAUGCAUAUAUGAAUGCAUUGUGCUUCUGUCACAGAAUAAGUUUGACACCCUGUUAUCUUAAGUGGCACUUUCUAUUUAUUUCUAUUUUAUUUAACCUUUAUUUAACUAGGCAAGUCAGUUAAGAACAAAUUCUUAUUUACAAUGACGGCCUACCAAAAGGCAAAAGGCCUCCUGCGGGGGCGGGGGCUGGGAUUAAAAAUAAAAAUAUAGGACCAAACACACAUCACGACAAGAGAGACUCUACAACACUACAUAAAGAGAGACCUAUGACAACAACAUAGCAUGGCAGCAACACAUGACAACAACAUGGUAGCAACACAACAUGGCAGCAGCACAACAUGGUAGCAGCACAAAUCAUGGUACAAACAUUAUUGGGCACAGACAACAGCACAAAGGCAAUAAGUAAAUAGGGACAACAGUUUGACAGUCCAUGAAUUAAUUUAAUUCAUAAUGCUUUAAACCGAGAUUGUGCAUCAUUGUUAUUCAUAACAGCUCAUACUUUGCUACUUAUAACAACAUGUACUGUAAAAAUGCAUGCCUAAUGUAUCUAUCAAGCAUUUCACACAGGUGGCUUAUGAAAAGGGUUUCUAGAUAUAUCUAAGCUAAACUUUACCUCCAACUGUUUUGUAUGUUGUAUGUUUGACUGUAUAGUUUUUCAAACCGACUUUGAUCGUUCCUCUGGUCCUCUUCAGGUACAGCAUCAUCGUGACCCAGAACAGGGCAUGGGUGGCAGUGUUCCUGUGCUGGCUCCUCUCUGCCCUGACCGGGCUGGUGCCAAUGUUGGGCUGGCACAACGAGCACACUCAAGGUAACCUCAGCACCACCAGCGAUGACAUAAUAGUUUGCAAGUUUACCACGGUCAUGCGCAUGGACUACAUGGUCUACUUCAACUUCUUCGGCUGGGUGGUGGUUCCUCUGACCAUCAUGAUUGCGCUGUAUGCUGAGAUCUUCAGGGUGAUCCGGAAGCAGCUCAACAUGCGUGCCGAGGCCACCUGCGACACCAGCAAGUACUUGCACAAGGAGCUAAAGCUAGCCAAGUCCCUGGCGCUAGUCGUCUUCUUAUUCGCUCUGUGCUGGCUGCCCCUGCAUGUCAUGAACUGCAUCCUCUUCUUCUGCCCGGAGUGUGGGAUGCCCAAGAGCGCCAUGUACGUGGGCAUCUUUAUGUCCCAUGUCAACUCUGCCGUCAACCCACUGGUCUAUGCCUUCCGGAUACAGCGGUUCCGCGCCACGCUAGUCCAAAUUGCCCGCCGCUGCAUGCUGUGCAAACAAACGGAGACCAGCCCCUGCCCCAACCAGCCCAGCCCGCCACCCCUGUCUGAGAAAACUCCAGUCCACCCAUAG